CCACCAGUCGCCACCUCACUCCCCCCCUGAGCCUCUCUGGCUUCCCCAGCUCCCGCCACGUCGCGCGCCUCCAUAAGCUGACAAUCUCUCCUCUUCGCUCCGGCCUCCGAGCGAUUCUCGAGCCUUCCAGGGGUUAGGGUUUGGUAGUGUUUCGGUUUGUGGGACACAUGGAGGACGCGCCGGCGGCGAGCCCACGAUUUGGCGGCGGCGGCGGCGGCAGCAGGGAGCAGCAGGGCGGCCAGCUCCUGCCCAUCGCCGACAUCGGCCGCAUCAUGCGGAAGGCCAUCCCGCCCGACGGCGACAUCGGCAAGGACGCCGAGGAAGCCGUGCAGGCUUCCGUCUCCGAGUUCAUCGCCUCCGUCACCAGAGCUUAAUAAAAUGGGGCGCUUUAGUCUGUUUUACCUUUUGGUUUCGCCGGUUCACUUGUGCGCUUUACUGCGUUGCAGGGCGAAUGGCAAGUGCAGGGAGGGGAAGCAGGAGGCCGUGACCGGAGACCACCUGUUGUCGGCGAUGGCCUCGCUGGGGUUUCGGGACUACAUCGAGCCUCUCCAGCUCUACCUGCACAAGUACAGAGAGUUCUGUUCAGAUUGGGGAUCAGUGUGUCGUGGUGGCGUCACGGCAGAUGCCAUAUGAUGGCUUAAGAUGGGGCCGAUGGACGAAGGAGGAACCGGAGGAGGGAGGGCGUGAUGUGAACCACGCACAGUACAAGAACACAUGGUGUUUACCCAGGUUCGGAGCCCUCUUGGUGAGACUGGUGUUGCGAUGGAUCAGCCAUCUGAGGAGGGAAUGAGAAUGGAGCAGCAUGAUCAAUCUGAGGAGGGAAUGAUAAUGGAACAUGAAGACGGGAAAGAUCAGCUUCCCAACGGAAACCUCAGACCCUCGGAUAUCAUUGUCCAUAAAAAAUGCCCUGAAAUGAAGACUCUGCCGCUUCCCUCCACAAUGGUACUACCUCGCACAAUGGAGGCGGAGCCAAAACCUUUGCCUGUGCCUGAAGUUAGGGAUUGGUCUGAGCUCACAGUUGAUGCGCUUUCUGCUAUCUUCACAAAGCUUGGGACCAUUGAGAUCCUGAUGGGUGCGGGGCUUGUGUGCCACUCAUGGUUGGAGGCCGCCAAGUUGCCUGACUUGUGGCGUUUCGUGUCAUGUCCACGGCACAACGUGGUGUUCUCGAAGGCGGGAGAUGUCAUGUGCAAAAUGGCAAAGGUGGCCGUAGAUCGUUCUGACGGACGGAUGGAGUCAUUCUGGGCACAGAAGUUUGUCAGUAGCGAACUCCUGGAUUACAUUGCAAGCAGAGGAAACUCGUUGAAGAGCAUUCGAAUCAUCGCAUCGGGAUACUUUCCGGAUGACAGAGUUGCCAGGCUUGCAGCUAAAUGUCCAAUGCUGGAAGAGAUAGAAUGCUCGCAUCAGAAGCAUCCAGCAUAUUUUCUCAAGCAGCUUGGCGCAGCGCGCCCACAGCUGAAACGCCUAAGAAUCCAUGUGCCAUGGUUCAACUCAGAAGCAAUGACGCCAGAGAUGACCAUGGAACAGUACUAUGCAACGAUCCCAGAGAUGAGCAUGGAACAGCACAGUCCCCUGAACAGUACCACGACGAGGACGACGACAACGGAGAUACUGCUGCUGAUGAUGAGGUUGGGCCUUUCUUCCCAGGUUUCCCUUACGGGGACUGGGAGGCGAGGCACAACCGGGUGGCGUUUGCCAUCGCGGCAAACCUGCACGAGCUGCAACUCCUUCAGCUGGCAGCUGACAGCCUGACCAAUGGAGGAGUCUACACUAUCCUCGACGGCUGCCCACGCCUCGAGUGCGUCGACCUCACCGCGUGCCGCCACCUCCAAGUGGACGAUGAACUCCUGGCUCGCUGCGCCAAGCUCACGCAUGUCUGGCUGCCUGGACGCUGGC